AUGAAGGAGUUGGGGCCAUCCCGUCCAAGCGUGGGUCUUCCAGCCGGCAGGUCCACGGCUGGCAGGCCUGUGCCCUCCGGUUACGAGGAGGAGGAGGCUGCCAAAGACCAUGGGCUGAAACAAUCACCAGCGCAGCCUCCAGGCUGUCUGCCCAGCAUCGAUGAGACCCGACCAGACGGCACGGGCCCGGCCUCCCGCCGUGGCUCCGUGCUAGGUCCGGCCUCGUCCUUUUCGCGCCGCAACUCGCGGGCCGGGCCAGGCGCAGGUCUUCGGGGUCGGCGCCCAUCCCUGGGCCCCUUGCCCCCUCUAGGCUCGUGGGUCAGCUCCUCUGGCUUACCCCUGGCGACCGCCCGCUGAGCAGCGCCCUCGUACCGCACGGAGUCGGCGCCACGGGAGCGCUGUGAGGCCGCGUACGCACAGCAGGCCCUGGAAGCGGCGUUGGAGGCAGGAUUGCGCGAAGCGUGCUCCUCCCACGCCGAGGCCGGGCGGCUGGCGCCGGAGCUGUGUGAGCUGGUGCACGUGCGCCUGCGCCUGCGCGAGCUCAGCCCGCCGCGCUACAAGCUGGUGUGCAGCGUGGUGCUGGGGCCGCGCGCCGGACAGGGCAUGUGCGUGGUCAACCGCGCGCUCUAGGACUGGGCCCGCGACAGGCUGGCCACGGCCGCGGUCACCAACGCCUCCUUCUUCGCCGUGGCCACGGUCCACAGGCUCUACUGCGAGUGAGGACUCCCCCGAGUUUUGCAA